CCUCUUGCAUACAAUUGUCUUUUUUGUUUUGCUCUGCUACAAACUAACUGCAUAUAAACAACACUGCACUGGGUUUUGUGGUUUGGAGAGAGAGAGAGAGAGAGAGAAUAGAAUAGAAAACCAGGCCCAAAAUUAGUGAUACUCACUAGAAUUGCAAGUUGGGUUCAAUCCCAGCUGUACGCGCAACUAGUAGCUGUUGUUGUUGUUGUUGUUGUUGGUGAUGGGACCAACUGACCCAUCAUCAUCAUCCUCUGCAGUCUGCACCUCCUUGUUUGGCUUUCAGGAUAACCCAUCACGUCAUUCAUAAUUUCAUUGCCUGCCCUUUGUAAUUUUCCACUCUCUUUUGGGCCUUUUUUUCUCCCAACAGACCUGACUUUGUUGUGUUUAUCUAUAUUCUGGAUUCUCCCCUUUUGUUCUUAUUAGGCUUCUCUUUCUGUUUUCUUUCUUUUUCCUAUGCCAAUCUCAACUGUUGUUGUAAAAUAGGCUACAGCGAAUACCAGCUUCUCAAAAUUUCACUUGUGGUAACAUACUGCUCCUUGAAGCAAGGUCAGCAAUUCAGAAGAGUCCAAUUCUUGAGUUCUGUAGCAAAUCACCAUUGAGAUCUUCACAUAGCUCACUGAGUUUUGUGAUUUUUAUUGGGGGUGGUCUCUGGCUUUUUCUGGGUCUCUUUGAUUUUGCUCUUGCUUAACUCUAUGGUCUGACACAUCUGCUUCCCCAAAUUUAGCCUACCGUCAACAAAGUUGUUACUGGGGGCACCCACUAUUCAAUUCAAUUAAUCUAGAUCCAAGCCCCAAGAACUGUUCUUGAAGAUUGAUACUCUUUAGAAGGGUGUAACAUAAAUUGGUGAGUAGUUUUCUCUAUUCCUUCCUGUGGGCAAUACUUUGGGUAGUGGAGUCAAACACGACUACAAAGAUGAGUGUGGACGAAGCGGUUGCUAGCUCCUUGUGGACUUGGGAGCAGGAUAAGGCAUUUGAGAAUGCCCUGGCAACUUAUCCCGAGGAUGCUCCAGAUCGUUGGGACAAAAUUGCAGCUGAUGUAGAAGGGAAAAACCUAGAGGAGAUAAAGCAUCAUUAUGAACUCUUACUUGAUGAUAUAAGUCAGAUCGAAGCUGGUUGUAUUCCACUGCCUUGCUACAAUUCUUCUUCCGAGGGUUCAACAAGUCAUGCCAGUGAUGAAGGAACCAGUAAGAAGGGACACUACAGCAGCGAAUCUAAUCAUGGAAGUAAGGCUUCAAGGGCAGAUCAGGAACGCCGUAAGGGGAUUGCUUGGACAGAGGAUGAACACAGGCAAUUUCUUCUAGGAUUGGAAAAAUAUGGGAAAGGUGAUUGGCGAAGUAUAUCACGGAACUUUGUGGUAACAAGAACACCCACCCAAGUGGCAAGCCAUGCACAAAAGUAUUUCAUACGUUUGAAUUCAAUGAACAAGGACAGAAGGCGAUCAAGCAUCCAUGACAUCACCAGUGUCAACAAUGGAGAAAUUGCGGCAAUCCAAGGGCCGAUCACUGGUCAAGGAAAUGGUUCUGCAGUAGGCCCAUCUGGCUCUGCGAAAUCAACCAAACAAUCUGCUGCUGGACCCCCGGGGGUUGGCAUGUAUGGUGCACCAAGUAUCGGGCAACCAAUUGGAGGACCUCUUGUCUCAGCUGUUGGCACACCAGUGAAUCUUGCUGGCCCUUCCCCACACAUGGCAUAUGGUGUGAGAGCCCCUAUGCCUCCUGGAGCACUUGUUCCUGGGGCACCAAUGAACAUGCCCCCCAUGACAUAUCCUAUGCCUCACACGGCUCAUAGGUAAUAUGCACCCUUCCAUUUGCGUAUUUUAGCUUCAAAAUGUACAAAGAACAGAGACAGACCAAGUAGCUUGAGCUCUUGCCUCUUGUUGGGUUGGUUAUUAGGAUCAUUUUGCUCCUAGCCGAAGUGCUUUACUUAUUAGCAAAGCACGAGUUGUUUAAUGAUAUUUGUCUAUUCUAUUCUUGUACCAAAUAAGCCAUGGGGGGGGGGGGGGGGGAUCCGACCCCCAAAGAAAGAGCCAAAUGAGGAAGGACUGCAAUGACAUGAAUCUGUAUAGACAAUUGCAAAAGAGAUGGUGGUAUUUAUUGGUAGAUUAGAAGUUGGGUA